AUGGGUACAGUAAGGUUCAUGCCUAUUCAAAUGUCACUGGACUCGUUCUUAGUCUCACACAACAUUUACUCAUACUCAAACCCUUCUCUUUCUUUCUCUUGUUUCCCUGCUGCCACCAUUGGCAUUCAUCUCCUUCACUAUUAUACCACUCCUCAAGUGGAACCUCCAACCAAGUUAGUGCCUUUUACACCCCACAAACAAAACCAACCAACACCCAUCUCUUUUUUUCCUCAAACCCACAAAGAACCGAUGAUUUCUGCCAUAAAAUCUGCUUCCCGUAAGACCCAAUUGCUCCAAAUCCACGCUCAAAUAUUACGUACAACCCUCAUUCAAGACCCCGCAAUUUCUCUUCAGUUCUUGUCCCGGGUAGCUCUCUCUGGCCCGUUGCAAGACGCCACCUAUUCCCAUCGUUUCUUUGAACAAAUCAGCUACCCCUCGGUUUCCCAUUACAACACCAUCAUCAGGGCCUAUUCCAUGAGCGGUUCACCCCAAAAGGGUCUCUUUUUAUAUCGAGAUAUGAGAAGACGGGGCAUUGCUGCAGACCCUUUAUCAUCUUCCUUUGCUGUUAAGUCCUGUAUCGGGUUUCUCUAUCUUCUUGGAGGGGUCCAGGUUCAUUGUAACAUAUUCAAAGAUGGGCACCAAUUAGAUGCCCUUUUGCUCACCGCUGUGAUGGAUUUGUAUUCGCAAUGCCGGAAAUGUGAUGAUGCAUGUAAGGUGUUUGAUGAGAUGACUCAAAGGGAUACUGUUGCUUGGAAUGUAAUGAUCUCCUGCUGUAUUCGAAAUAAUCGGACUCGGGAUGCUUUGAGUUUGUUUGAUGUUAUGCAGAGUUCAAGGUUUAAAUGUGAGCCUGAUGAUGUUACUUGUUUACUUCUUCUUCAGGCUUGUACUCACUUGAAUGCCUUGAAAUUUGGGCAACGAAUUCAUAGUUAUAUUAUAGAACGUGGUCAUGGGGGUGCUCUCAAUUUGUCUAAUUCUCUCAUAUCUAUGUAUUCACGGUGUGGUUGUUUAGAUAAGGCUUAUGAGGUGUUUAAGGGAACGUGUAAUAAAAGUGUGGUUUCAUGGAGUGCAAUGAUCUCUGGUUUGGCAAUGAAUGGAUAUGGAAGAGAAGCUAUUGAAGCAUUUGAAGAGAUGCACAGAAUUGGCAUUCGGCCUGAUGAUCAGACAUUCACGGGUGUCCUUUCUGCUUGCAGUCAUUCUGGAUUGGUCGAUGAGGGAAUGUCAUUUUUUGACAGUAUGAACAGAGAGUUUGGGAUAACUCCCAACGUCCAUCAUUAUGGGUGCAUGGUUGAUCUCUUAGGCCGUGCUGGCUUACUUGAUAAGGCUUAUCAGCUUAUUACGUCAAUGGUGGUAAAGCCAGAUUCAACAAUAUGGAGGACCUUGCUUGGGGCUUGCAGAAUUCAUGGCAAUGUUACACUUGGUGAACGAGUAAUUGGACAUUUGAUUGAACUGAAAGCUCAAGAAGCUGGGGAUUAUGUUUUGCUCCUAAAUAUUUAUUCUUCUGCUGGACAUUGGGAAAAGGUAGCUGAAGUGAGAAAAUUAAUGAAAGAGAAAGCAAUCCAAACCAUGCCUGGUUGUUGCACAAUUGAAUUGAAAGGAGUAGUACACGAGUUUGUUGCAGAUGAUAUUUCACAUUUGAGAAUAACUGAGAUUUAUGAGACACUGGAUGACAUUAAUAAGCAGCUCAAGAUUGCUGGUUAUGUUGUUGAACUUUCAUCUGCGUUGCAUAAGAUUGAUGACAAAGAAAAGGGGUAUGCGCUUUCUUAUCACAGUGAAAAGUUGGCUAUUGCUUUUGGGGUUCUUGCUACUCCACCUGGCACAACACUGAGAGUGGCCAUUAAUCUCCGUAUAUGUGUUGAUUGCCACAAUUUUCUGAAGCUUUUUUCUGGAGUUUACAACCGUGAUGUGAUUCUUAGGGACCAUAAUCGGUUUCACCACUUCCGGGAAGGGCACUGCUCUUGUAGCGACUAUUGGUAGGGAUAUCUUGGGCUGGUGAUAGAUGAGUCAGAUCGAGCACCGAGGAUUAGUAAAAUGACUGGAUAAGGGAUUGGAUACCCUUGCCCGUGGUUUAUUGGAGAACGAAAUUUUAUACUUGAUGAAUAAGGGAUUAGUGGAAUGGGAAUGGAUACUCUCAUGUUAUAUUAUAUGAGAUAAUGUAAAAGAAUUUCAUCCUUCCACAUAUAAAUCAAUAGUUAUU